UUUCCCUUCAAAAACCUACAUUUUCCCCCAAAAAAACUCACAUACCUCUCUCUCACUACUCUCUUCUUUAAACAUGCAUUGGAGCUAAACCCAAGAAGACGAGCUUCUACAUCCAUAUCUACCUAAAUUUUUCUACACCAUAUAUACAUAUAUAUAACAAGUGAGCAAGGUCAAACUUAAAGGAUGUUGCAAGACUUGAUGCAAUUACAAGAACAGCUUCCCAAGGAGGAGAUUUUGAGCCCGUUUAGUGCUCAGAUGUUUGAAUUUUGCGACCGCGAAUUGUUUCCAGAAACAGUACUUACUGCGACUUCAACUGCUACUGCAAAUACUACUAACAAUAACACCAAUGAUCUGUCCAUAAUUUUUGAUUCCCAAGAUGAGAUUGACAACGAUAUCGCUGCUUCGAUCGAUUUCUCUCCUUCACCUGCAUUUUCUGUCCCGCAAUUUGUCACUAAUCAGCAAGACCAGCUUGAUUUACUGUCACUGCAACCACAAAUUCAAUUAUCAGAUGUUGUUGUUGAUGGACUCUCUCAGUACCCUGCAGACCCCAUUUCGCGUCUCAUGGGGCCUCCAUUGCCAUCAGUUUUUGAAGAGGAUUGUUUGUCUUCAGUCCCAUCUUAUGUUCCAUUGAACCCUCCUUCUCCUUCUGGUUCUUUCCUUGGACCUGCCAUGGGUACAUACAUGGCUUCUGGGUCUUUGACUGCUGCAUUACCUGCUGACAAUUCCGGGUUUGUUGCUGGAAGUAGCUUCAUGGGUGGCCCCGAAUUGCAACCACAGGACCUGGAAUUUCAAGGUGAUAAUGGUGGAAUUUUCUUCCCCGAUUCGAUUCAGCGCAUGUUCAACCAUGAGGACUUGCAGGCACUUAGUGGGGAGAACACAACACAAUUGGUUGGUGGGGUUGGGAGUUCUGUUCCAUUAGCAACAGAAAUCUCAAGCUUGGAGGAUUCAUCUUUCAAAGUGGGGAAACUCUCUGUUGAACAGAGGAAGGAGAAGAUUCAUAGGUACAUGAAGAAAAGGAGUGAAAGGAAUUUCAGCAAGAAAAUUAAGUAUGCCUGUCGCAAGACGCUGGCGGAUAGUCGACCCAGAGUGAGAGGAAGAUUUGCUAAGAACGAUGACUUCGAAGAACCCCACAGGAAUGUUUGUAGCAACCAUGAAGAGGAUGAUGAUGAUGAAGUUGGUGUGAAAGAAGAGGAUGAUAUGGUUGAUUCUUCAGACAUAUUUGCUCACAUCAGUGGUGUGAAUUCCUUCAAAUGCAACUAUUCUCCGCAGUCCUGGAUUGGAUGAGCAACUUCACCAGAUUAAUUAAUUAAACAUGUUUGCAAUUUUGGAUGACCCUUUUCUUAUAUGCAUCUGGGUCUGCUAGAGAUAAAAAAAAAAAAAAAGAAUAAUUGGGUCAUGAUUAUACUAUGAAACUGAGUCAGAUUACAAUGUAAUUUUUGUAGGCUUAUAUAUAUAUAUAUGUGUAUACAUUACAUGACUUUUAAUAGACAUUUUCUGUACAAUUCUUUGGCAUUGAUGAAGAACAAAAGUUGGUAUAGGUUAGAUUCUUCUAAAUUGAUGAGCAUU